GCUGCACUUUUGCUUCCAAAGGAACACGAACACCAGAAGAAAGGAAAGCAAACUCCGCUAUGGCAGAUGGCAAUCAGCCCAGACAGCCCGUGACAACAAAAACUACUCAGAGGGGAGAGAAUGACAGACUUGAGUAUGCUGUGUCAUCUCUGCAAGGUUACCGCGGAAACAUGGAAGAUGCUCAUGCAUUUGAAGAUUUCGAUGUUCCCACUGCCACAUCCUUCUUUGGUGUUUAUGAUGGUCAUGGAGGACCUGAUGUAUCAACGUAUUGUGCGAGACACUUUCAUCUUGAGAUUCGCAAGCAUCCAGAGUUUACAAAUAAUCUGCCUACUGCAGUGGAUGGAGCGUUCUUCAGAAUUGAUCAGAUGAUGACCACAGACGAAGGGCGGAGGGAAUUAACUAGGUACUGGGACGCAAUAACUCUCAAGGAUAUGCUCCUCCGUUGUGCUCGUUUCGAGGAUCACCCUGGGCCAAUAGAGGUAGGAAGUACCGCGUGUGUGGCUCUCAUUAGAGGCAAUCAGAUCAUAGUUGGGAAUGCUGGUGAUUGUCGUUGUGUACUCUCAAGGAAUCGUCAGGCAAUUGUUUUGACCACCGAUCACAAACCAAGUGUUCUGGAUGAACGACAGAGAAUAUUAAACGCAGGACACUUCGUAGAAGUUACUCAAGGUGUCAGUCGUGUUGAUAAUGAAAUCGCAGUUUCAAGAUCGAUCGGUGAUAUGAGGUACAAAAGCAAUAUAGCUUUGCCCCCUGCACUUCAAGCAUUGACUUGUGCUCCUGAAAUUCGCUCUGAAAACAUAACCGAUGAUGCUGAGUUUCUUGUUAUGGCAUGUGAUGGAGUCUGGGAGAUUGUGGAAAACCAGGGAUUUAUUGAUUAUAUACAUGAGUUGUUGGCAGAUGAAGUGAACCUGGGGGAGAUUUGUGAGGCCCUUCUUGAUUGGUGUGUGCAGCGAUCGCGUGAAAACAUGACUGUCCUACUGGUUCAGUUCAAGCACAACGCCCAAGCGCCCGCCGAGCUUCCGGUUGAACCAAGAAGAUCAAAUCCCCCUUGGAAUUUCAUCAGGCUCGGGCACUGAUGACGAGUUGCAGAGAAAGAAGACCAAAGCCCCCUACGAAGUGGAAUUCUCAGUUGGAACCUCCUGUUCCCGCAAUAGUACAGAGUCCUGAAUCUGAGCCGCACGGUGAAACAGAGUUUUGCAGUCCUUUUACCAGGAGAAUAUGAACCUCGAUUUUGCUGCGUAGGAUGAUUUCACAUGAGUACUUUGCUGUAGUGCGGACCGAGAUUUGGCUUGAGAUCCACUUCAAUGCGCACACCUUUCCUGUU